AUGUCUAGAUCAAACAGCGCUAAAACCGCGGGAUUGUGGGCAAGGGAACCCGACAACUCCCCGGAACUCUCGACAAGAUCACCAGCGACAGAAUGUAGAGAACCAAAGCUGAAGAAGGCCGUCGAGGAUGGCAUGGCUUGCAUCGAAACGCCCUACGACGCCAAGGAGCCACAAGAAGGUCCUCGAUGCUUUGCUGAGUGCCAAAGACCUCAUUUACGCGGAUAA